GUUUGAGGCAGGGGCUGUGUGUGUUUGAGGCAGGGGCUGUGUGUGUUUGAGGCAGAGGCUGUGUGUGUUUGAGACGGGGUGUUUUGUGUUAUAGAGGUGUAAACUCUGUGUCCCAGUGGCUAGGGCUGUGACAGAUGUCAUCCUUGUAUUUUUUUUCUUGAGUCUAACACACAAUAGAUGGGGAGAGCCCUCCCUGGUGAAACCCCCUCCUCUUCGUUUUAGCUUGGACAAGGCUUUUAUCUAAACAUCUGGAGCUGGCGUCUGGCCCCCUCCCCAUCACACGAGUUCCAUCUGAUCCGGAGCUUAAAUGGUGCAUGGUAGCCAUGACAACCACAGGAUGUAGAAGCCGCGGUUAACGUGGACUCUACCGACUCACAAUAGCAGGGUAGGUGCACACCCACCUCCAUGAGAGAAAAGGGAGGAUCCCAGACCCUCUGAAUACAGAAGAGACCCCAGCCAGGUGACAGCUCUGUACAUCAUCUUCUAUAGCUGUGCCAAACAGCUUGUAUCCAGCGGUGGAGGAAGAGUGCGAGCGGAAAGCUGUGAAAGCAAACCCUUGCCAUGCCUGCGUGGUCUCUGUUGCUCCUGGUGGCUGUGCUGUCCUAUGUUCUUGCAGAACCCGUGGCCAGGAUUUCCUUCAAGAGUGGUGACCCCAGCAGGUCUGUGAAGACAUUCAGUGCUGAAAACGUGUUGAAUUAUGACCAGUUCUUACUAAGCGAGGACCGGGAGAAGCUGUAUGUAGGAGCAAGGGAUACCGUGCUGUAUUUAAGCAUCGAUGACUCUGGGAAUCUCCAUUUGCAGAAUCAGAUAUCAUGGCCUUCAGACUCGACAAAUAUCUCACAGUGUGUGUUAAAGGCAAAAAGCAAAGAGACGGAAUGUUUAAAUUUCAUCCGGAUCCUCCUCCCCGUUAAUAACACCCACCUGUAUACAUGUGGGACCAACGCGUUUAACCCAUUCUGCACGUACAUUAAUCUGGACACCUUUUCCAUGUACACAGACAUUACGGGCCAUGUCAUCGCCUUGGAUGGGAGAGGACAGUCACCCUUCGACCCACAACACAAACACACUGCAGUUAUGGUCGAUGGGGAGCUCUAUACUGGGACAAUGAACAAUUUCAAGGGGAAUGAGCCCAUUAUCUACCGUACCCUUGGGAACAGACAAAACCUGAAGACAGAGACCUCCCUCGGCUGGCUGCACGCGGAUGCUUCAUUCGUGGGAUCGUUUAAUCUGGCCGGUACUUCAGCAGACAGCAAAGUGUAUUUCUUCUUUGCAGAGACCGCAAGAGAGUUUGACUUCUUCGACAAGCUGACUGCAUCACGGGUAGCACGUGUAUGCAAGAAUGAUGCUGGUGGGGAUAAGGUCCUCCAGAAGAGGUGGACCACAUUUCUGAAAGCCCAGCUGCUUUGCUCCGAUCCAGAUGGUUUCCCUUUCAACGUCCUUCAGCACGUGGCCUUAUUACACCCAGACGAUCCCCAGCGCAGUACUUUCUAUGGUGUGUUCAGCUCACAGUGGCAGGCCGGAGGAUCCAGUACUUCUGCAGUUUGUUCCUUUCAGCUGAAGGAUAUUGAAAAUGUUUUUGACGGAAACUACAAGGAGCAAAAUAAGGAGAGCUCGAGAUGGACCCCGUACACCGGCCCUGUGUCCGACCCCCGUCCUGGCAGCUGCUCCCCAGGCAAGUUCUCAGACACAGACCUGAACUUCAUGAAAGACCAUUUUCUGAUGGAUGGGAAGGUUUCUCCCCUUGAACAUAAUCCACUGCUAAUCAAACAAGGUCUCCGCUACACCCAAAUCACCGUAGAUUCAGUGCCAACAAUCUCCGGCCGUAACUACACUGUCCUAUUCCUUGGUACAGAUAAAGGGUCGUUGCAGAAAGUGGUUGUGGUAAACGAAAAAUAUUCACAUAUCAUUGAAGAGUUGGAACUUCUUCCAAAUCAGGAGCCCGUAAAGAACCUCCUAUUGGCCUCCAACAAGCGGCUCCUCUACAUUGGUUACACGUCAGGGAUCCUGCAGGUGCCUCUUGCUAACUGCAGUGUGUACAUCAGUUGCUUUGACUGUAUUUUAGCCAGAGAUCCUUACUGCGCCUGGGAUGUUAAGAACCACAUCUGCCGCUGGGCUCAGUCAAAGGUCGACACAUCUGAAUCCUGGUUACAGGACAUUGAAAAUGGACAUCCAAACACCACUUGCAGCACCCAAUUACCCAGAGGUAAAGCGACCUUUGCAACGGACACCAAACCAAUGAAAGUGGCUAACUACACUGCCAACUAUAAUACCAUCCUGAAACUGCAAUGCCCCCAACACUCUGCUCUGGCAACGUACACCUGGAAGCAUCCAUUGUUGAAAUCCUCGGACAAGCAAAUGGUAACGUCUCAGGACACGCUUGUGAUCAUCGUUAAAGGAGACACCUUGGGAUUGUAUGAGUGCUGGGCUGAAGAGAAUGGCUUCACCUACCAAGUGGCCAAAUAUUGGGUCAAGGACCCAAGCGGGGUGGAUGUAACACAUAAGGACUCUGAGAACACAGACAGUAACAUGGAAACGUCUCCUCAAUUCACGGGUAACAAUUACUACACCCAUUUUGUGGUGGUUACUAUAUUGCUGGUGUCCACCUUGUGUGGGAUUUUAAUCUUUGUUCUCUACGGUUGGCGAGAUAAUCUAAAAGCUAAGAGUAAAAUCCAGGGGUGCAAUACCCCAGAAACUGAAAAACUGUCUGAUGCCAAAGAAACGACUCGUUUGAAUGGGAUCUGCCAGAAUGACAUGAACAACCCCAACAUGUGCUGUGUACCAGUGAGUGGGUCAGAUGCCAUGAUGGACCUAGAUAACAACACCGUGAUAGUACGAACAUCUAAUGGGAGGGCCCCACUCGAGGAUGCGUCGGAUGUCUAAAUGUUUUUUGUCUUGUCAGUGACCCUGGAGAAUGCACUGCAUACAUUCCAUUACAUGACCAUGUGAGGUCACCAUUCACUCUCUCUGAGGUGGACAACCAACAAGGGCCUCUCAUCUAUCAAACGGAACCACAAAAGACACUGUUUUAAUGAACACAGGUAAAUGCACUGUGCGACACGGUCCCAGUGGUACAAUUCAUUCAUUUGUUUUGUAAUUUUAUAAUGUGAAAAAAAGGACAAGGCUUAUGCUGUUAAUGUUAAUUUCACAGGACUACAAAAACUCAAACCCCAAGGAUUUAUUUUAAGAAGCAACUCCAGCAGGAUGGCAGACUAUAGUGAAGCAGGUGCCACCUCCACCUCCGGCUAUUAAUGUGCAUUGAUUGAUGACAUGGAUCGAUGAAUUACACUUAAGGGAUGCCACCCUGUGUGUGCCAAAUUCAAAACAAAUUACAUUUUCUGCAGUAACAAGGAGUAACACGUGUGACUAUAAAACAAUACCAGGUGGCCAGUGUGAAACAUGCAUUAGUAACACCUAUGUCUGCCUCAGUUGUUAUUUUGGGUGGCUGAGAGUGAAUAGACCACAGGUUGGCAGACGGAAUACUCAGCCGAGCUACAGGAUCAGAGCCUGACUUCACUAAAUGCAUGUUUGUUGCUAGGUUCCCAGCUGGAUGCAGCUCUAUGGACAAUUGGAGGAUGUAGGACCUGGACCAGGGGGGAGGGAGGGCGGUUAUGCUAUAUGUCAAACACUGUAUUUCAAGAAACCACUCUUUUGCCCAAAUCAUAUCAGUAUUAUGGAAAAGUGGAAUAGCAUGUUCCGCAAAACGUGCUUUGUGUAUAUUUUGAGUUUUAUUUUAUUUAUGUAGAUAUAAACUAUUAUUUUUAAUGAC